AUGCUGAUUUCACUUCCUCAUAUGUCAUCAGAUGAUCCAGCUUUGCGAAUUGCUCCCAUCCCCACACCGUCAUCCCCGACAACAGAAGGCCAUCCCUUGUUCGGACCAGCAGACCUUGACCGCGGCCCACCAUCGAAAGAGGAUACUCAGACGGACUUUGCAGCACUCAACGUCCUAGCGGAUGUCCCGGCGCCGACGACCGCCAUUGACACCUGUCUUGACAAUGGAUUCCAUCUAAACAAUGGUCUCAAGGUGAGGGAUGGUUCGGGGUUGCUGCUUGUUGGAGGCGAGGCGUUCGCAUGGAAUCCAUGGAAAAUUACCGGUGGGAGCAAGGCCGAUAUGGUGAAUAAAAAGGGCCAAUUUGAAGUGGACGAACAGGCAUGGGGGAUUUUAGGGCUCGUGUGGCCUCGUCCGGAUUUAUUGAUUCUUGGUUUGGGAGCCUCCGUGUUUCCUCUGUCCCCCGAGACGAGAAGACAUAUUAAUUCUCUGGGCGUUCGUGUGGAGGUAGUUGAUACUAAGAAUGCUGCGGCGCAAUUCAAUCUUCUGGCGACAGAGCGCGGAGUCUCGGAGAUUGCUGCGGCUAUGAUUCCAAUUAGUUGGAAGGGCUGGUAG